CAGCUAUGAAAGGGCUUCCUGGAAGAAAAAAGAUCCAAAAAACAAGAACAAAACAGGACCAAAAAUAUGUGCCCCAACUCAUAUAACUCCACCUUACCAGAAAGAGGAGGAACACGGACUGGCAGGCACUGAAAUCUCUAAGAGUGGACACUGCAAUUUUGCAAAGUCAUUGAACCCUGAGCUCACUUGCAGUCCAAGGGAAGCCAUGCUGGACGAAGAUGGAUACAUCACUUUAAAUAUUAAAAAUCGAAAGCCAGCUCUCACCUCAGUUGACCCUGCUUCCUCACCUCUGUGGCGUGUGACGGCUUUGAUUCUGCUGGUCUUGUGCAUGGGGUUAGUUGUUGGGCUGGUGGCUCUGGGGAUGAUGUCUGUCAGAGAGCUAAACCACCAACAAGUGGAGAAUAAAAAUGUCUCAGGAACUCUGCACCAAGUAGCAAAGAAGUUCUGUCAAUAUUUAAUAAAACAAUUGGAACAAAAGAACACUGUCAGCCAUAAAUGCAGCCCAUGUGACAGAAACUGGAGAUAUUAUGGAGAUAGCUGCUAUGGAUUCUUCAGGCGCAACUUGACAUGGGAAGAGAGUAAGCAGUUCUGUAUUAACAUGAAUGCUACUUUGCUGAAAAUUGCCAGUCAGAGCGUUCUGGAAUACAUGAAGUCCAGGACUGGAUUAAUUCGUUGGGUUGGAUUGUCCCGCAAGAACUCUACUGAGGUCUGGAUGUGGGAAGAUGGCUCUGUGCCCUCCAAAAAUGUCAUUUCAGACAUGCAGGAGGAGGACACAUAUGCCUCUCUUCAGUGGGAUCCCCCAACACCAAGCCCUUACCAGAAACAUCUGUCUUCUGUCAAAUAUUCAGGAGCAUGGUGUCUGGUGGUGGUGAUCUCAUGUAUUCUGUGCGUGGGCUCAGUAACAACCUCUGUUUUCUUGGGGAUCAAGUUGUUCCAGAUGUCCACUAUUGCAAUGAAGCAGCAAGAAAAACUCAUCCAUCAGGAUAGAGAACUGUCGAACUUCACACAAUGGAAGAGAAACCAUAACCUUCAGAUGAAAUGUUGCCAAACCUUGAGGCAAAAGUCUUUCAGUUCAGCCCAUAACUGCAACCCUUGUCCAAACAACUGGAUUCAGAAUGGAGGAAGUUGUUACCGUGUCUUUGAAAACUGGAAAUUUUGGCACACCAGUAAAGAGGACUGUUUGAAGGAGGGUUCUAAUCUUCUACAAAUAGACAGCAAAGAAGAAAUGGACUUUAUCACUGACAGCCUGAGUAAUGUCAAAAAAGGCUAUGAUUACUGGGUGGAGCUGUCUCAUGAUGGACUCAGCAGACCUUGGCUUUGGAAAGAUGGCUCCCCUCCUUCACCUUCCCUAUCACCAGUACAGACACUCCAAUCAACUGGCCAGCUCUGUGGAUAUCUCAAGGACAAGUUCCUUUCUUCCACUAACUGCAGCAAUUGGAAAUAUUUUAUCUGUGAGAAGUAUGUGUUAAGAUCCUCUAUCUGAAAGAAAUUGUACCAGGAGAAAUCUAUUAUGAUAGUUAUGUUGAACAGGACAUUGGAAAACCUGCCACAAAAUUCCAUAAAGCAGAUGCAGAAGUGAACCUAUGUGUGGGCUAUGAUACCACCUACCUGGGACUCAAAACCUAUCUCUAUACUUAGACUUGGCAAUUUUAUUCAAUACUUUCCAGAACUUCAAUUGACAUUGUUUAAAUUGCCAAGAAUGAAACCAAUUUAUAGCUUCAGAGGACAAAAUCCUGAAAGGUUGAGAACAAACUGAAGAAAAAUAAUUUCUUUGUGCUUGCUUUCUUUCUUUCUUUCUUUUUUUUUUUCCCUAGUCUAGAAUGACUAUAAACUCCACACAAAAACCUGUAAGCCACUGGGGGACGGAAAUGUAUUUCUAGGUGACUGGUUUUUCUUUUUUCUUUUCUUUCUUUUCUUUCUUUCUUUCUUUCUUUCUUUCUUUCUUUCUUUCUUUCUUUCUUUCUUUCUUUUUUGAUGUUGUUCUUUUAUUUUAAAAUAAAUAAAUAAAUGUGGUCUUUUAAAGUCUCUACCUGCCAGAUUUUCUAUACAUUUUCUGUUAUCGAUCUGGUAGGAUGGCUGGACAGAGAUAUGGAUUUUCAAAUUAGAAGGAAGACAGGCAGCUAUCUGCUGCUAGUAAGACAAUACCUUUUUAGGACUGCAGAAUUCUACUGGACACGUGAACCACCAGCUCUUCAUAUAAGUGGAAGGAGUAGUCAGGCUGCCAAUACCCAUGCAUCUCCAGUAAAAGACAGCUGUGAACUCUCUUCCUCCCUCUCACUAAUCAUCCUCACAACUCACAAAUCAAAGGGUUCAGGUUGGGACUCUCAAGGUUAACACUCUAGCACUUUUUUUCUUAGUUUUUAAUUUUAAUUUCAGCAUAAUUAACACAGCGUGAUAUUAGUUUCAGGUGUACAAUAUAAUGAUUCA